AUGUCCAAGCCCAGAGAUAUUCAGCAAUUUCUCGACUCUUAUCCACACAGCAGCUCAAAUCCCGACCUGACAAGCAAUAUCAAGUUUUACAGAAAUGAAAUCCCAUGUCGACCAGGAACGAAGCGUUAUGAAGAAUGGGUGCAGGCGCAUGGAAGGGAUUGGAGGCAUCUAGAGUGGGAUCAUGGGUAUAUUCAAUGGUUCUUCCCCAUCCGGGAGCAUGGUGUUAAUCCGAGAGCUCAGCCGCUCGAGUUGCAUGAGAUCGAGGUUAUGAAAGAUGACCCAGAGGUCUUGGAACGACUUCUGAGGUCAUACAAAAUGAUCCUCGCUUUCUACGGUAUCGAUUUCAACGGCGGUCACCUCAAACUGGCCGAGAAUCACAAAGAACGCCUCUCCAACCUCCGCUCAGCAAACCACAACCUCCUCCGCCUGACCCGUAUUCUCAAACACCUCUCCGAAUUCCCUGCUCUCCAACCGCACGCCGCACCCCUCGUCCUCUUCUUCACCGCCCUCCACUCUGAAGGUCUCUUGGACUUUUCAAACAGCACGAUGAGGGGUGGAAGCUUGGAAGGGUGGUGGAGCAAUUGUUUUCGGGAUGUGGAGGAGAGGAAAGAGGUUAGGAAGGUUGUGCUGAAUAGGGGAGAAUAUGAGGACGGGGUUUGGGGGUGGAAGGCGUUUGAGGCGUGGUAUGAGGAGAGGGUGAAGGGUGGUAAGGUUGGAUUCCUCGGGAAGGAUGCGACGCAACCUGUGGAUAGCACAGAUUGA